GGGACGCAUUGGGGUUAAGCGAGGACAAAGGGAUGCACUGCAAAUUAAUUAAAUAUUGAGGGCGGCAGGAACAAAGCCGGGAAGGCAUGGGAUUGAUUCGCUGAGGACUGGAGGAGAGAGAGAGAUUUGGCAGGAAAGGAGUGAGAGGAACUUUCUGGAAAGAUCUGGGGGCUGAGGGUAUAUAAGGGGGGUGGUGACCCAUUCCCCGGGGCUCAUGCAGAGAGAAGACUACCUACUCAUGCUAUUUGUAUAGUGAGGAAUUCCAAUAAAAUCCCUUACCCGAAGAUCAUCUCGUGUGGACUCCCCUUUCACACGUAUGUGCUAUGAGCUUCUCACUCGAGAGCUUAUCGAUCUGGAGGGGGUCACUUUCAGAUUACCUGUCCACGGAGGCCCUUGCCCCGGAGCGCCUCAUCCCGGAGAUUCUUCUUGAUCCUGGAUAUCGUCGGCCCAUCAUAGCUCAUCCUGGAGGUCGCGUCACCCCACCCCACACCGCAUCUCCUCGUCCUGGAGCGUCUGAGACUGCAGCAUCUCGUCAUCGAGGUCUUCGUCGUGUUGCACUGGCACCUCCUCACGUCUGAGACUGCAGCAUCUCGUCAUCGAGGUCUUCGUCGUGUUGCACUGUCACCUCCUCACGUCUGAGACUGCAGCAUCUCGUCAUCGAGGUCUAGUCGGUGUGUAAGCCGACUUAACGAUGUUGUCAACUUGGCUUGGCCAUCAUUAGAGCUGGACGCUACCACAAGAGUCGUCGCCAUGAGAGCCUGGCACGGUGGCAGCGAUGGCCCAUGGAAGACGAUGGAGACAGACAGGGGAGUCCCAUACUACGUGCAUGGGGGCAGUGGGGCGAGUGGUCAGAUUCACUGGUUCCACCCUGCUAUGCAGGGGGCUCUUGGAGACUUGGAGCAGCUGAACGUAAUCCGCUAUGCUGUGUACAGGACUGCCGCAAAAUUGCUGGCACUGCAGAAAUUAUGCUGCUUGCAUCUGGUGAGCGUGUCCACAAUCCUAACGGUGUUCAAUUCCUCCGCCGUGGACUGGGAGAGUGAGCUGAAUGUCCGGCAAGUGUACCAACUGCUGCGGAAAGUGCAUGGCAUGGCCAGCAGAGAGCAGCCCAUGCCGCAUGUUGAUGGGGAACUUGCGAGCGAGCUCACCCUCAACCUCCUACUUGCCAUAUGUGACAGUGAGCGGAGUGGCAAGGUGUCUCCCCGCUCCAUGUGGAAUGCCCUGCUGCUCCUAUCCACCGGGCAGCUGACUCACAAAUACAGAGCUGUUUAUUGGGCCAUGCUGCACAACCAUCAGGGCAAGAGAGAUGUUGCGGCUGGAGUGAACAAGUCUGCUGUCAGGACCUUCCUACAGGACACGACCCAGCUGUUGGCACUGCUGGGGGAGGGGUGUGCGUUUGGGACGGCUGAAAUGGCAGUGACCAGCCUCUUCCAUGCCGAGUCUGUUGGCAGCAUCACAGAAUCUCAGUUUUUAGGGUGGUGCCUCUCUGAGCCGCAGCUGUUCCUCUGGUUGCCUGCAAUGUACCGGAUGAUGAAGGCUGCGGGUAGCAUUCAUGAGGCCAAGUGUAACAUUUGCAAAACCUGCCCAAUUGUGGGUCUCAGGUUCCGCUGUUUGCGCUGCUGGAACUUGGACUUGUGCCAGAAUUGUUUCCUGACUGGGCGGGACACUGGGUGGCAUGCGCCCUCGCAUCCCGUCAUAGAGAGCUGCACCUCGGGUGGAGUGUGGAGUGACGUGCGGCUGUGCCUGAGGAAGAUGAGGAACAUUGUUCUGGGCGAGCGCUGUCGCACGAAGGAGGUGUGGAGACGUGCUCGCCUCUGCCCGUCUUCGCCACUCAGCGCAGGACCAUCUCAGCCAGUUGCGACAGGCGAGGUGGCAUUGGCCCCUUCUCGUGGCCACUGCAUGGACCCCUCGGCAGGGUCCCCCCACAGGGUGGCCAGGGGCCUCCCCCUGAAAAGGCACGGCUCCGAGCCACUCCAGCAGCAGGCGCAUUCCGUGUCUGCAGACGUGUUGGCCAAGGUGGAGCUUCAGGAAGGACGGCGAGAAAUGAGUCCCAGACCUCGACCCACACAAGAGCGCACACGGCAGCGUCCAGUGCUCGGCCACAAUGCACACCACAAUGCAAAGGACGUCAUCGCACGCCACUCUGCACUGCAAACGGAGCACCCCAGCAAAGGGAAGCAACGUCUGGCUGUGGCGGCCAGGGAGAGCGUUGUGUUCAGUGCAAUAGUGGCCAGAUCUGGUGAAGAUACCCUGGUUCAUCCUACCUCCAUUGUUCCUGCCACCUCUCGGCAUUGCCCUAGUCAAACAGGCAGCCACCAGCAGCAAGGACAUGCGUGUUCUGCCUUACAUGGCUGCAGCAUUGAGGCUCACAAGUCUGAACGUUGUGGCUCACAUAAGCGACUUGGUAGCAAGAGACAGAAUCUGAACACAGAUAAGAGACAGUCUGCCAGGAAGCAGCUCAUGUCGUCUCACAAACAAAUUCUCCCGAGCGAGCGAGACCUUUUCGUGGAAAAGCCAAAUCCCGGUGGCAGCUGGGAAUACUGCACUCACGAGCGGAGCGCAGAGCAACAAUCCAGAGGGGCCUUCCACGAAGUGGAGGAACUCAUUGCUAAACUGGAGGACGCUCUUGUACUUAAAGCUACGUCAGGGUGCUCUAUGGCAAGACGGCAAUUUUUGUUGGCAGCUAAGAACAUGGAGACAACCUUUUCCCAACUGGUGGACACCAUGGCUUGUCAGGCAGGCCCUGAGUGCACGUGUGCUGCCUGAUUGGUUUUGUCUGUUCACAAAUUUGUCACUCAAGGAGGCUUCAUAGAUGUAGCACACUCGUAAAUUAGCACAUUAGCCAAGAUGACCCAAUUUCGUUUGUAGAGUAAAAAACUGAAGUGUAAAACAUCCUGAAAGAGUAGCAGUUGUGUGUGAAUUUAAGAUGUAAAAGAGAUGUUAUAGAGUUAAAACUUGUGAAGAAACAAGCUGCAUUUUAAGUGUACAUGAAAGGCAUUCAUAUUUAUUUUUGGAAAACAUUACAUUUGAACUCUGUACCGCAUAAAUAUGUGUUAAGGUCAGUAUUUACAAUUUAUAGGCCACAGGAAGAUUUCUCAAAAGUGUUAUUACCUUAGUUUGGCACUCUUACUUUUUUCUUAUACUAAACUAUCUGAAAAACAAAAAACACCUCAAAACUUUCAAAAAUUUUCACACUUUACAUGAGUUAAAGAGAAACUUGAGAGGAUAAGAAUAACAAUAUCAUGGCAUCCUGUAGAGAUCGAAUGUUGAAAUUGGCUUGUUUGUAUGAACGAAUUGCAUUGUUGCAUCGCAAGUCUGUAUGAGAUGGCGACAUCUUGGGCAGGCAUUCGUCCAGCAGUUGAUAGAUCAAGGCUGAUGUUGAUGUAGAUCGUAUCUCUGGGAACGACCUGCAGGGUCUGAUUCUGGUGUGACGUUGACUCUGGAACGUGUCGACAAAAGCCAUCGGCCAGUCUCGCCAAAAUCAUGAAACGGGCGCUUCGACAUGAAUCUCAGUUUUAUCGUCCACGUAAGAGAAGCUGUCCGAAUAUUCUGUAACACUUCAUUCCACUUCUCCAUAGAGAUCGUCGUUGAAGUAGACAUCUUCAUUCCUGCGAGGUUGCGCUUCUGCAUUUCCAGAUACUGGCAACGUACGCACAACCACGCACAGACCAUAUAUGACCAGAUGCACCCACAAAUACAAACACUUACACCUAUGUGUGCAGAGAGAAGGAUUUGUCAGUAACUGCUGAAACGCAGCCAUAAUAAUAACAAUGCGAGUGGAUGCUGGCCACGGACUCCGGAGUGAAGAAGCACACUCGAGAUACCCAUCGGGGUCUGCUCGCUUUGCAUUGGUCCAGCUUCCUCUUUUGAAUGGUAAAUGGACGACCCCCAUCUUAGUUUAUAAGUCAUUCUGCUCCACUUUUACUUUGAAGUCUUCUCAAUUACAUGUUGAAAACCCUCUAGAAAUUCCCAGUUUCAAGUACAGAUUAUGGAAGAAUGGCUUUUGAAAUACCUGUUCCUGAGAGUGUAAAAAACAGGGCUUAAGGUGAAAUCUUACAUCCCAUGUCUGUAAUUACUUUACAGUUCAGUCCUCCAUAUUCGCUAUGCUCAAUAUUCUAACGAGUCGCUCACGUUUUCACAUUUACCAUUUUCAAUAUUGUCUGCUUAGAUGAAUGACGCACAGUCAAUGUAGUCAACGUAACCUUUGUGUAUUGUAUUUUGUCACGUGUAAUUAUUACUGUAUCUUGUUUUGUGUCUGAAAAAAAACCUUGUACACACUUUGAGAAUGCCAAGCCGCUGUUGUAAACUUGAUAUUCAACCGCAUUGCUUAGUAAUUGAUUUAGUUUCUUGUUUGCACAGAAAAUCCUCACCGAGUCUCAUGACUUUUUAAUGAGGAUCCUGUCAAGUUUUCACAGUGUUACGGCGAUGGUUGCGACGCGUAAUUCCAAUUGAGUAAUUGCUGGGCAGUUAAAAUUUGGUGAUUCUGGACCUAGAUGUCGGCACAUGUGAAUGACGUCACGGUAACUUUAAUGUCCACUGUGGAGCAGGCGGUGCCUAAUAUGCUUCAGGCGGGCCGCUGGAUUCGAACUGUGAGCCUCUGAAACAAGCGGCGAACAAGCUGCCACGAGGCCAUGCCACUGCCCUUUAUUAACUAAUUAACUCACAUAAUACAAUUAAAUACAUCGUUACACAUUGGCUUGGGGGUUUAAGAGUUCUGAAAGGAAAUGGUGAGGCAUCACAAGUCCCCGCUUACCCGUCUCAGACUUGCUGAUGUUCUCGUAGUCUUGCAAUUCUAUCUCUAUCUCAGUUCCACUUCCUGCACUCAAAGACACAGAACUUGCCGUUGGUUCAUCAGAAGUAAAACAAAUGUAUGUAAAGUUG